AUGGAGCGUAAAAUAAACAGAAGAGAAAAAGAAAAGGAGUAUGAAGGGAAACACAACAGCCUGGAAGAUACUGACCAAGGAAAGAACUGCAAAUCCACACUGAUGACCCUCAACGUUGGUGGAUAUUUAUACAUUACUCAAAAACAAACACUGACCAAGUACCCAGACACUUUCCUUGAAGGUAUAGUAAAUGGAAAAAUCCUCUGUCCGUUUGAUGCUGAUGGACAUUAUUUCAUAGACAGGGAUGGGCUCCUCUUCAGACAUGUCCUAAACUUCCUACGAAAUGGAGAACUUCUACUGCCCGAAGGGUUUCGAGAGAAUCAGCUUCUUGCACAAGAAGCAGAAUUCUUUCAGCUGAAGGGACUGGCAGAAGAAGUGAAAUCCAGGUGGGAAAAAGAACAGCUAACACCCAGGGAGACUACUUUCUUGGAAAUAACAGAUAACCACGAUCGCUCACAAGGACUGAGAAUCUUCUGUAAUGCUCCUGAUUUCAUAACAAAAAUAAAAUCUCGCAUUGUCCUGGUGUCCAAAAGCAGGCUGGAUGGAUUUCCAGAGGAGUUUUCUGUGUCAUCAAAUAUCAUUCAAUUUAAAUACUUCAUAAAGUCUGAAAAUGGCACUCGACUUGUACUAAAGGAAGACAACACCUUUGUCUGUACCCUGGAAACUCUUAAGUUUGAGGCUAUAAUGAUGGCUUUAAAAUGUGGUUUCAGACUGCUGACCAGCCUGGAUUGUUCCAAAGGGUCAAUUGUUCACAGCGAUGCACUUCAUUUUAUCAAGUAA